AGCAAUUGUUUCAACCGCAAUUGUUUCAACCUCUGAUUUUUCAGGUGACUCAGCUACAGAUCAUCUUCGGCUUACGAAUCUUUGUCGUACGGUAUUCCAUCUGUUCGCACCUCCACCUGGUAAGCAGCCACUCUUUCCACUUUCGCCGGAUGGAAAGUUCUUAUGUAAAAUGUGGGACGGAACUGAGAAAAAAGCGUUUAUGAUGGAGCUGUUGCAGUAUUUCCGUCAGGUCGUCUUGGCAGCAGGUGAAGCGGUUGCGAAGGCAUUGACACGGGCAGUUAGAGAGGAAAUCAGACAAAGUCAGCAAGCUGCUGCAAGGCAUGCAACUCAAACCGGUCAAUCUGCUAGUGAAGCGAGGGAAAGUGCUAAUGCUAAUGCACGAAUGGGAAUAAGUUUAGAGGAGUCAUUGAAAAUCUUAGAUGUCAAGCCGCCAAUCGACCCUGAUGAAGUUGCGAAAAAAUACGAGCAUUUGUUUGAAAUCAACGAUAAAACCAAAGGAGGAUCGUUUUACUUGCAGUCUAAAGUUUAUCGAGCGAAAGAACGGAUAGAUGAAGAAUUACGGAGACAAGGAAUUGAAGUAAAACAAAAGACAGAAAGUACAGAGCAAAAGAAAGUUGAAGAAGAGAAUAAAAGUUGA